AUGUCUGGUCGUGGCAAGGGUGGAAAAGUGAAGGGAAAGGCAAAGUCCCGAUCGAAUCGUUCUGGUCUUCAGUUCCCCGUCGGACGUAUUCACCGUCUGCUCCGCAAAGGCAACUAUGCUGAACGCGUUGGUGCCGGCGCUCCUGUUUACCUGGCUGCCGUUAUGGAAUACCUGGCAGCUGAAGUUCUCGAGUUAGCUGGCAAUGCUGCCCGUGAUAACAAGAAGACUAGGAUUAUUCCCCGUCAUCUCCAGUUGGCUAUUCGCAAUGACGAGGAGUUGAACAAGCUGCUCUCUG